ACACUCGACCCCGCCCUACACCGACCACGCCGACCGCGCCGGCGACAGGGGAACAAAGCCCGAUACCACUCGAGCCAUCCAGGCACCUUCGGUAACCAGCAAGAAAAGAAGGGAAGCGAAGGGAAAAGGAACCCCCACCGAUCGAUCUCAUUCCUAUCUUGAUUCUUGCUCAAUAUCUCACCAUUUCAUCGCACUCUCGCCACGAUGAAGGAAUCAAGCAGUGAUAAACAGUGGGCGCAAGCUUACAUCUUGGAUCCAUUGACUGCACCUGAACCCAGCCAGGAAACCGGAGUUGCAUCUUCUCACAACCUCGCCGCCCAGUUGAAGAAGCUUAACCUUUCAAACUCAAACUCAAGCUCAAGCUCAAUCUCGAGCAAGGAACGCAAAGAAAAAAGCUCGAGGCCAUCCCAGAAACAACCGCGGAACUAUCCGACACCCCCGACCUCUGCGAGCCCGUCUCGCUCCAACUUCCAUCCAUCCAAUCCUUUUUCUACGGCUAGCGAGUCUUCCAAGUCCUUUUCGCCGCCCAGAUCUCCUCCUCGAUCUCCUCCUAACGCUGCCCGCAACUCGCGACGUUACCCCCCGAACACUGCCGUCACCCGCUCGUCCAGCGCCCGAGUUCCACAACUGGCCCCGCCGUCGAACCCUCGACACCACCGCAGCUUCAGCACCGGCAAUUGCGAUCUCUCUCGCAACCCUUCAAUUUCACAGCGCUUUCCUGGCGACAUGACCCACCGUCCUCUUGAAAUUCUCCGAAAGGAGGCCCGGGCCGCCGACCGUUCACCCCACCUUCGGCGCAAGAACAUUCCGCACACCGAUAUUAUUGAUUCGCUGGACACUAUUGGCGGUACCUAUCACCAUGGCGGACCGUUUGAUGCUGCUCUUGCCAGUCGCAACCGGAACAAAAAAUACUCUCCAGCUGCCGCCGUGCACGACUCCAACAUGGAAGCGAUUCGAGCCACGCCAAGGGAGUAUCUCGAAGACGCUCUCCGAAAAAACAGGCCCCUUCAGGGCACUGCAGUCAUCCCCAGCGGCAUGGAAGAUUUCAGUGGCAAUAUCAUGCAAUACGAAGAAGGUGCCGAUUUGAUGCGAGAGCCGGAUGCUGCUGGUGGCGCGUAUCGGCGAUAUGAAGGCGUUGUCUACCACCCCGAUGAUCUCAAGGGAAAGGGUGCCAAUUUCGAGCUUGAGCGAGAUUUGAAAGAGAAGAAGCGUCUGGCCAAGGGUCAAGCCGCCGAGUACGAAAUGCAGCCCCGAGCCAGUCGUCCCCCCCGGAGCCACCACCGAAGUUUCAGUGAACAACCCGUCUCCACUCCCGCCGGCGGUUUCUCCAACAGUGCCGAUCUCGGGCGCCAGACCUCCACAAGCAAGCGGCUGAGUGACGGCUUCAGGCGACGUUUCGGUAGCAUCCGUCGCAAGAAGCAGGAGGUACUAUGAGGAUGACUUCUCUACU